UUGGCAACGUGGGACUCUGAAAAAGGACUGAAUGGUAGCUUACAAGAACGACGUCUGGGCAAUGACUUACAAGGAUUGACACUCAAAGUGGUGACUGUCUUGGAAGAACCUUUUGUGAUGGUGGCAGAGAAUAUUCUUGGGCAACCGAAACGAUAUAAAGGAUUUUCCAUUGAUGUCCUGGAUGCACUUGCCAAGAAUCUGGGCUUCAAGUAUGAGAUAUAUCAAGCUCCUGAUGGCAAAUAUGGACAGCAGCUCCAAAACAGCUCCUGGAAUGGCAUGAUAGGAGAACUCAUUAACAAGAGAGCAGACCUAGCCAUCUCAGCCAUCACUAUAACACCAGAACGAGAGAGUGUUGUGGACUUCAGCAAGCGGUACAUGGACUAUUCCGUGGGGAUCUUAAUCAAAAAGCCUGAAGAGAAAAUCAACAUCUUCUCUCUCUUUGCUCCUUUCGACUUUGCGGUGUGGGCUUGCAUUGCUGCAGCCAUCCCUAUAGUUGGUGUCUUGAUAUUUGUCUUGAACCGGAUCCAGGCAGUCAGGGCGCAGAAUGCUUCCCAGCCGAGCCCUUCUGCUUCCUCUACCCUCCACAGUGCCAUCUGGGUCGUAUAUGGCGCCUUUGUUCAGCAAGGGGGAGAAUCUACUGUCAAUUCUGUAGCUAUGCGCAUUGUAAUGGGAAGCUGGUGGCUCUUCACCCUUAUCGUGUGCUCUUCCUACACAGCAAACUUAGCCGCAUUUCUCACAGUAUCAAGGAUGGAUAAUCCCAUAAGAACAUUUCAGGAUCUGUCCAAACAAAUGGAUAUAUCUUAUGGUACAGUCAGGGAUUCAGCAGUGUAUGAAUACUUUAAAGCAAAAGGGACCAACCCUUUGGAGCAGGAUAACACAUUUGCUGAAUUGUGGAGGACUAUCAGUAAGAAUAAUGGAGCAGAUAAUUGUGUAUCGAACCCUUCUGAAGGCAUCAGAAAGGCAAAGAAAGGAAACUAUGCUUUCCUGUGGGAUGUGACAGUGGUAGAAUAUGCUGCGCUAACGGAUGAUGAAUGCUCUGUGACAGUCAUUGGAAACAGCAUCAGCAGCAAAGGAUACGGGAUAGCACUCCAGCAUGGAAGCCCCUACAGAGAUCUUUUCUCUCAGAGGAUCCUAGAGUUGCAAGAAAGUGGAGAUUUGGAUGUGCUUAAACAGAAAUGGUGGCCACGGAUGGGACGUUGUGACCUGAAUAGUCAUACCAAUGCACAGACAGAUGGGAAGGCACUCAAGCUUCACAGUUUUGCAGGCGUUUUCUGCAUUUUAGCAAUAGGCCUUCUUCUUGCAUGCUUGGUGGCAGCAUUGGAGUUGUGGUGGAACAGCAACCGUUGUCAUCAAGAAACACCGAAAGAGGUCCAUAACUUUUAUUCUUAUCACAAUUAA